AUGCUGCGGAGAAAUGGAAAGCCGAGGUCAUGUGAACCGUGUCGCAUAUCAAAGAUUAGGUGCGACCAUGCAACACCUACCUGCCAGAAGUGCCAUGCUCGCGGGAUCACGGAGCAAUGCUUCUAUCACCCUAAUCCGAUGACCAAGCCGGCCGGAACACCACGGAAGAAACCAGAGUCACGUCGGAGAAAACUAGACGGGCAAUCUAUAAACGGUCAAGGAAGGCUGGCGUCACUAACACUCAGUCCCCCGACUCUCAGAAAUGAUGCAGAUCCAGGAGCGGUGAGUAAUAAAUGGCCAACACCGCCAGAACCUACCGCCAGAACACCGCAAAAUGUGUCUCAUCCAGCGAGGAACUUUUUCUUGGGAUCAACGAGCUAUGCCUCCGUCUUCACGGGUGAGCAUCCGUUACCCACGCCAAUGGACGAAGAAUCCUCGGAGCAACCUAUUCCGACUUCUCCGCCUAGUAGGAGCAUGGGACAUCGUCACUGUCAAUUUGCUCUGGGAAAUCUGAUAGUUUCGUCCCUCUCACCGUUCGGUUUCUUCGAAAAGUCUUUAAAAUUGUACUUCGAAACACAAAAAGCCUCUCCUAUCGUUGGGCCGCUGAUACUCUCUGCACUUCCUCAGCUUCGCAAAGACAUGGAACUAUUGAAGUCUGCUGAUAACGAUGUAUAUUCAUUGUAUGCCGAGAUGACCAGGAACACCGCACGGCCCAUGAAAGUGCCUGCAGGCAUGCGACCAGCUGAGUUUCACACGUUGUUCACUGGACAAAACUUGAGAUGGGAGAUAUUAGGCCUUGUUUUGGUUCUUGCUGGUUCCAAGGCUCAAUUUACGGCGCCGAAUGAUCCCAUGUUCACACUAGAGGGAGGCGAGGUGAUGAACAAGGACGAGUUUAUUGAAGAUGUCAUGCAUGCUACUAACGUAUGUAUCAGCAUUUGCCAGACGCAUGGCGCAGUGAAUGAGAUAAUGGUAUGUCUUGUCUACAUCAAUAUGCUAGUAGUUAGUAAUUAUUAUGGAGACAAUUACCAUGGAACAUGGCGACGCAUGGGCGAUAGUGUCAGUGCCUUGUACGCUGCAGGGAUACACUGCGAAGCCUCCAGUUCCGAAGGAGACAAUCAUGAACCCUUCUUCAUGCGGGAGUUUAGAAGAAGGCUAUAUGCUGCAAUUUACCGCUCGGACAAGACUCUAGCCGUGUUUUACGGGCGACCUCCAUUGAUGGGUUGGAGGUACAGUGACCGCAAGAUGCUACUAGAUAUCAGUGAUCAAGCCACCACCUCGGAAGAUGGGACUUUACUGAAUGCAGAGCUUUCGAAACUCGACAGUGCGGGCUGGAACACUGAAGGAUUCCUGAAUCCUGCUACAUUCGUUCGCCUGAGUUGUCAGCUUAGUGUCUUCAAAGAAAGGUUGCUAGAACAAAGUCUUGCUGGAGAGAAAGACAGUGAAGUGGUACGAAACAUAGAAGCAAUUUCGGCAGAGUGCGCAGAAUGGUGGCACGCACUACCGGCGUACCUCCGAUAUGAGACAUACACAGACGAUGCUGCCUGGAAUGUUCGAGGACCCGGAGUAGCUGUACGCCUCAUCGCCUGUUAUCUCGAUUAUCUACACUUGGAAUUCCAAACACAACGUCUUCUCCACAAGAUAACGCAACAAGCACUUCCCGCAUUAUUGGAAGUAUCGCUUAAACUCCUUGCCACAUCCAUUGUAUCAACCAUGCCCAAUAAUCGCGUCUACGAGACCCGUCGCCACUUCCCUACCGUUGUCCUCUUCUACUGCUUCCCAGCCGCUGGUGUAAUAGCUCUGGAGCUACGCCGCUGUACAAUCGAGGGCGUUCAGCUCCCAAGCACAAUCUCGCGUGCAGACGUGAUACGGAAUCUUUCGAUACUAACAUCAUGCCUCGAAUGGAUCAUUCUACCCGGCGACGGAAAUCACAGACUCUGCAGCGAACUCAACAAGAUGCUUGCGGUGGUGUUAGACGAAGUUCUCAACUAUGAACCGCCUGCAAACCGCAAUCAGGAGAGCGGGGAGGAUGCAGAGAAUAUGAUGGCGGGUGCUGGACAGGGGAUUCUUGAUAUGCCGAUCAUUGAGGGGCUAGAGCCGAUACCUACUGAGGCAGAGGAUUUUCUCAAUUGGUUGGAUAAUGCUACGUGGAAUGGGACAGUGAGCUGA